CACAUUUCAGACCAUGCCACUCCCACAAUGACCGACCUAACACCAACCCUCACGAAUCUGCUUUCAAAGCAAGGCUCGUCACUCCCUCAAACCAGAAAACCCUGCACAGAAACCGCCGACGAGUUCCUAAAGGAGGCAUACCGAAUCAACUCACACGUCCACUCCCUUCUGCAAUACCUCCAAUCAAUCCGGCACGCCUACCUCUCAACAACACAACCCCAACGCCGCCAAAACAUACCAACCCCGAACCCCAAAAAUGCACCAACCACAACCCCCCAAACAAACCUCACAGACCCCGAACGCGAUGCAGUCGACACCUCAACAGCCCUCCUCCUCCGCGACCUAGCAACCUCAAUCGCAAACCUCUCCUCCGCCGAAUCCCUCCGCCAAGAGACAUCCUCCACCCUCCUCCACAAGAAAUACGGCCACUCCGCCGCCGGCGCGCUCCUCUGGCGCUGGGCCGGCGGCAGCGGCGCACUAGACAGCGCCAGCGCCGACGAGGGCAAAUCCGCUGAGCAGAUAUGCGCAGAGGAGAGCGCGCGGUCGAUAGCGACCGUCCGCGAGAGCGUGCUUUGGUUCUUGAGGCGUGGGCUUGAGAGCGCUGUUAGUGUGCAGCGGCGGAUGGUUGAGAAGAGGAUUGAGAGGAUAAGGGAGAAGGAGAAGAGUGUGCUUUAUAAGGUUGGUGCGGGGAAGGCUGCUGGGAGUGGGAAUGGGGGGAGGAAGGGGUCUGUUUCUGUAUCGGGGAGGACUGGAGCUGGAGCUGGGGUUGCGGGUGGAAGUUCCUUCGAUCCUACGUUCCAGGCGCCUGAUGCGGCGGUUCUGAGUGAGGCGGAUACGGCGCGGAUCGAGGCGCAGCUUUCGCCGGAGCAGUUGCAGCUUUUUGCUGAGGAGAAUGAUUCUAUGCUUAGGCAUUAUGAGGAUACGUUGGGGAAGGUCCAAAACGCCGAGAAAUCCCUCCUUGAGAUCUCCUCUUUGCAGGAAACGCUUGUCUCCCACCUCGCUACGCAGGAGGAACAUAUUUCCCAGCUUGUCUCGGACGUGGAUACGACGCAGACGAAUGUCGGGCAGGGAAAUCGUGAGUUGAAGCGUGCUACUGAGCGACGGAGUACGGCGCAGGCUGUCUUCUGGGGAACUGUUGGACUGUGUACAUGGCUUGUGGUUUGGGAUUUGGUCUUUUAGUCCCGAUACUACUGAACAGGUUGUCUCAGAAGCUUUCAUAGAAAGCGUUUUUAUACGAUAC